ACCCCCCUCCCUGUGCUGUGGCUCCCACUGGAGCCUCUGCUCGGACACUGGUGCGUGUGGUGACAGCCCCCCACAGCCCAUCCUGCAGGGAACAAGCCCCAUGCUUCCUGAGUUCAGGGCUGACAAGGAAAUGCGUAAGCAGGGGCAGCAGCAGUGCCCAUCCCACACAGCUCUGAGCACAGCAGGGCACUGCUGGACUCGCAGCACGAUGCAGACCCUGGCGAGGGGGUGGCUGCCACCCUGCCUCGGGCUGUGCUGCGCUCUCUGGGGACUCUGCCUGGCCUCUCCUGACUACGAUGAUUACUCUCAGAACAGCACCAACGAGCAGGUGACGACCCCAGAGCUCGCGCCGUGCCCACGAGCCAUCCCUGGAGAGAAGGCAACGAUAAACAACGUCACGUACCUGCUGCUCCACGAGGCCACACGCCGGCAGCUGGGCAGCGUGGUCACCGUGAGGCUCAUCCCCUGCCUCUACACCCUCGUCUUCCUCGUGGGGUUGCCUUCGAACGGGCUGGCGCUGUGGGUCCUGGCCACCAGGGCUGAGAAGCUGACCUCCACCGUCUUCCUGAUGAACCUGGCUGCAGCAGACCUGCUGCUCGUGUCGGUGCUGCCUUUCAAGAUUUCCUACUACUUUCUGGGGAACAGCUGGCCCUUUGGGGAGGGUCUGUGCCGCCUCACCACCGCCUUUUUCUACGGGAACAUGUACUGCUCGGUGCUGCUGCUCACGGCUGUCAGCGUUGACCGCUAUCUGGCCGUGGUUCACCCCUUCUUUGCCCGUUCUUUCCGCACCCCUGCCCUGGCUGCCGGCGCCUGCGCUGCCAUCUGGCUCUGUGCUGCCACGCUCACCCUGCCCCUGGCCCUGCAGCGCCAGUCCUAUCCCCUGUACGGGGCAGACGUCACGCUGUGCCACGACGUCCUCCCCAGGCACGAGGAUGAUGGCUAUUACUUCUACUACUUCACGUGCCUGAUGGCCUGUGGGUUCCUCACGCCUCUGCUGGUGAUGCUGUUCAGCUACUGCUCGGUGCUGCGAGCCCUCCUGGCCAGUGGGAAGCGAUACUCCUACUCGGUGAAGCUCACGGCUCUUGUGCUGUUCACACUCGUGGCUUUCUACACACCCAGCAACGUUCUCCUCCUGGUUCAUUACUCCAGCUACAACUCAAAGCUGUAUGGCAACCUGUACAUCAGCUACAUGGUGAGCCUGGCCAUCAGCACCUUUAACAGCUGUGCUGAUCCUUUUGUCUACUACUACGUUUCUGAAGACUUCAGGGAGAAGGUGAGAAGAAGAUUCUUCAGCGACAGGAAACAAACCACCACAUCCCUGAAGACCUGCAAGGAGAUGCUCCCUCCGAAAAGCUCCAAAGAUUCACUGGUGUAAGCCUCCAUCCCAGCAACCCCUCCCCAGGGCACUCCAACAGACACAGGGGAUGAGGUGACGACACAGCUGGGAUCACAUUUCAACUGGAGCCAUGAGUCCUGGGAGAUGAGCCCUGUCUCCUGUCUGCAGAGCUAAAAUGGAAUAAACCUGGACCACAGAAGAGGUGUGGAGUCCAGACAAGGUGUGGAGUGCUGAACAUGUGUAGACCUCUUACCAGGACACUGCAUGCAACUACUCAUCUGGUCACCUACGACCAGAGAUGUGCUCACCAACACACUUGGGUCUGGUUUUCCUGAUGCAUCUUGUGUUGCUGUUUGUGUUCUGGUUCUUUUUCUGCUACUGGCUUGCUUGCUGUCCUUGAGCUUAUAUUCCCUUCACCUAAUACUCAACCAGAACAGGCACUUGCAAAAACAGAGUCCUAAAUGUUCCACAAGUACGAGGAGGUACCUCUGUGCAAGGUGCUCUCUUGAACUGCAACACUCUCAAGGUGCUGUAUAGCUCUGGCUUUCACUCCUGGCUUUGCUCAUAAGCAGCACCACAGUAACUUCAGCCCUGUGUUGGUACCAAGGGGCUCAUUCACCUUCACUAAUCCCUGUUUUUGCAAAUGACAUCUGUAAUUUCUUUGGGGAAAAUAUUGUAUUAAUGGAUUUAUUUAAACA